GGCAAGUUUUGCGUUUGAAAUUGCUGUUUGCGACACAACAGCGGCAAGGUUGUGUCGGAUCAGGUCGCGAAUACAACAUUCUUGACAGAGACAACACUGCGACCACCACGAUCAUGCCACAGUCGAAAGAAGACGCGGCCGGGAUGGACGACACCCCCCUCGGCAUACACGACGACAUGGAGACCCAUCCGCUGUACAGGAACCUGGCACACAUCAAGACAAAGAAAGUCAAGGAGCUCGAGUUUUACAAACGAUACGCCUACACAUUACAGCGGCAGGUAUGGCAGGGCCGCCAGCAGCAGCGCCGGCGCAAGUCCUCGCUCCUUCCAUGGGAGGAAGUUGCGCGAGCUCUGCAAGACGACACGUUAGACCGAGUCCGAGACAACCGCCGACUCGAGCAACAAGUCGAAGCGAACAAGCGGCUUUGCAGCGUGCUCAAGCCUUGGGUUCGGCAUAUGGCCAUGCUCGAAUCCCCCUCGAAACCCCCGAAUUCGUUUCAAAGUUGCUGGCGGCACGCGCAUUUGUUUAGAGGCGACGACGCCAUGAGACGCAUUGGAUCAAGGUGGCUUCUCCAGCACAUGUACUACAACAUGGACCAUGCAAUGGAAGAAGCUGCGUUCCCGAACCUGACCGAUCCAUUCCUGGACAUCAGCCGCAGCGAUCUAUCCUCAGGUACCUGCUUGUGGCACCCGUCGUUGUCCCUUGGGUCGUCUGGACGACAAACGAUGGAUUUCGAGCUACUCGUGACCCAGCAAUUCGUGGUCGAGUUCCCACUGGCGAUGACAGCGGAUGGGGUAUGGGCCGCCAAUCGCACGUUUGCUCAGUUCGUCCUCAAGCAGGACUUUGCGACCAACUACCACGACCUAACUCCGAAAGGCACGGAAGACUCGAACGACGUUGAAUACGCCCAGGAAGAGGUGGGCACAGCGACCCAGCGCAUGAGCCUCAACUGGAUCCAAGGCCGAUUCAACGAACCGCACCGCACGGCCAUCUUGGUCAAGACCAUCGUGGACGAUGCGUUCCCGUUGGCCGAGAACGCAUGGACCAUGUACUUUCAUCACUGGAUCGUGCUGUACCAGUUGACUGACUCGACAACGUUGGUCCGGGUCCAGUACACAGUCCACCAGCCUGCGUCCGCAGAUGGGUUUGUCCCACUGUCCCAAGUAGCCCAAUAUCGAAGUGUUGGUAUGGGCACCACGGAUGACGUGGCAGCACGGCUGGUCGUGGAAAGAGAUAUCCGGUCACAUACCCAGCAGCGACAACUCUUUCCCAUCCACUUGAACAACGUCCUCCACAGCUUGACCAAACACAAACUAGAGACGACAGGGAGUAGUGUCGAAAUGGGGUGGUAGUUAAAUUCGAACAAUUUAUUUAAAUAUUCCAUUUGCA